AUGGUAAGAACAAAAAAGAAUAUACCAAAUCAUAACCCAUUAAAUGCAUUUAAUAAGGACAAGCCAUUUAAAACAAACAAAACAUUACCAAAUAAAACAGUACAUCAUGGAAUUGGUUCCAAGACUACUAAUAUGACCAGACCGAGUGUAAAUAGAGGAAGUAUAAAUGGGGUUUCACAAAAAAAUUUGAACAGGACACAUAUAAGGAAACCCCAUAGAUACAGACCAGGUGUGUUAGCGUUAAAAGAAAUAAGAGCAUAUCAAGCAUCGACUCAAUUAUUAAUACCUAAAAUUCCAUUUGUUCGAGUAGUAAAAGAAAUUACAAGAUUAUAUGAAUUACCAGAUGAGCAUUUUCGUUAUACACCUGAAGCAUUACUAGCUUUACAAACAGCAUCAGAAGCUUAUUUGGUUAGUUUAUUUGAGGAUGCCUAUUUAUGUUCAUUACAUGCAAACAGAGUAACACUUAUGCCCAAGGAUAUUCAUUUAGCUAGAAGAAUACGUGGAAGAGACUAA